AGGCAGUGUUAUUAAUAGUGGAAACUGGGGGCUCUACCUGCUCCAGCCCCUGGGGCAAGUAGGGGGCUCCCCUUGGAGGGGCCACCAAGGCCCAGUGCUUCGCAGAGGUGUAGGGGCAGCCUGAUCUGGCAUAUCCUCCUGCUCAUAAUGAGAAUAGUUCUGCUCCAGUCAGCCAAGGUGAAAACCUCAUGGACAUCACCAAGAUCUUCUCCAUCCUGCAACCUGAUGAGAAGGAGGACACCAACACAGGAGAGAUACAAGCUCUCAAUCAAGCAGUGUACAACAAUGAUUCCUAUACUUUGGACCAGCUUUUGUGCCAGGAGCGUUACAAAAGAUUUAUCAACAGUAGGAGUGGCUGGGGUGUCCCUGGGACACCCUUGCGCUUGGCUGCUUCUUAUGGCCACCUUAGCUGCCUGCAGGUCCUCCUGGCACAUGGUGCUGAUGUUGAUAGCUUAGAUGUCAAGGCACAGACACCACUUUUUACCGCUGUCAGUCAUGGCCAUCUGGACUGCGUGCGUGUGCUUUUGGAAGCUGGUGCCUGUCCUGGUGGUAGCAUCUACAACAACUGCUCUCCUGUGCUCACAGCUGCCCGUGAUGGUGCUGUUACCAUCCUGCAGGAGCUCCUGCGUCAUGGUGCAGAGGUCAAUGUCAAGGCAAAACUACCAGUCUGGGCAUCAAACAUAGCUUCAUGUUCUGGCCCCCUCUAUUUGGCUGCAGUCUAUGGUCACCUUGAUUGUUUCCGCCUGCUUUUGCUCCAUGGGGCAGACCCUGACUACAACUGUACUGACCAGCACCUGUUGGCUCGAGUCUCACGGCCCCGCACCCUCCUUGAAAUCUGCCUCCACCAUAAUUGUGAGCCAGAGUACAUCCGGCUGUUAAUUGAUUUUGGUGCUAACAUCUACCUUCCAUCUCUCUCCCUGGACCUGAACUCGCAAUAUGAUAAAGGCACUGCAUUGCUGGUACAGGCCCGAGCCACUCCACGGUCACUACUAUCACAGGCUCGUUUAGUUAUCCGCAGAUCCCUGUGCCACACCAGCCAGCCACAGGCCAUCGACCAGCUGGAUAUUCCCCCCAUGUUGAUUAGCUACCUCAAACACCAACUGUAAUCUUACAGCCUGCCCAGAAACCUACAAUGCCUCCAAGAAAUCACCUGGGGACCCAGGUAUCUGGAGGGAACUACAGCUCUACACUCACCCAAAGCUGCUCUCCUGUAUUAUCCUCCACAAUAAAAUCCUC